ACAUUUAUAUACAUUCAUUAGCUCCCUAUAUACAUUUAUAUACAUACAUUAGCUCCCUAUAGAUAUAUAUUUAUAUACAUUCAUUGGCUCCCUAUAAACAUUUAUAAACAUACAGACAGUCCCUUCUGGCUCAGUAGAAUAUCUUCAUAUACAUUGCAUCCUUAUAUAUAUUUAUAUAUACAUACAAAGACUGGCUCAGUAGAAUAUCUAAAUUUACAGCAUUUCCACAUACACAGCACAGUCUUUAAUAUAAUACAGUGUCUACAUCCAAUGAUCUCACCUGCCGUCAGAAAUCCAGGACUACAUCGGGCCAGGCAGAGAUCAUCCUCCCAUAAUACUUGUUUAUAGACGCUGUCAGUCUUUCUCCGCUGCACAGUAAGUAUAUAUUCACACAGACGGCACUCUCCGGAACACUACAUACUCCCACGUACAUUGUAGCUAAUUGGAAGGUUUAAUCGGUUCUUUACAACGUUACACGCAGUGUUAGUUUAAUGUGAGUGCCCCCAGUCCUGAAAUAUACAGCAACAUAGCUCAGAUAUUCCUCCACCAGCUCAUUCUCAACCACCCUAGCUACAUAAAUAAUCCGUGUUGUAAAUUUCUGCAUAGGAUUAGGUCACUUUUUGUUAACAUUCACAUAGAGCUCACUUCUGGUCUGAAGAAUAUGUACAGAUAGUUAUCUAUUUCUCAAAUACAACAUUCUCACCUCCCUACAUACAUAGUUUGUCUCCAUCAUUCCCUAACAUACCCAGCUAGCCCCCACACCAGCAACUCUGCCACUUUCCCUGGCACAUAAGGGACUCCAGGCAGAUUAGGCUUCACGGCAGCACGUUCUUAUACAAGAAACACCUGCGCAACUGCCUUCACCCUCACAUUACAUCCCCCCCAAGGUACAAAACACCCUCUCACCAUUUCAUACAUCCCAUAACAGCUCUGCAUCCCCAAGCCAGUCUCGAACUGCGGAUUAGAUAAAGAGGACAAGAAGAACAGCCAAUUCGUUUCCAUGGACAACACGUCCAUCAUCACCCAGGUCUCGAACCCCAAGGAGGAGGGAAUCCUGUCCUGUGCCCAGGAAAAGGUCUCCCAAUGCAAUAUUAGCCUAAAAAAGCAACGGAACAGAAGCAUCUUCAGCUCCUUAUUCUGCUGUUUCCGCAGUUACAGCGUAGAGCCACCAACCUCAAAUAAUAACAGUAGCCCUCUUCCUCCACUGGUGGAAGAAAAUGGGGGCAUUCAGAAGGGUGAUCAGACUCAAGCCCUUACCACUCCCAGUCCACCUGCUAAAUACCUCCUUCCUGAACUGAAAGUGUCAGAUUAUGGGAAGAUGUGCGUGGUCAUUGACCUGGAUGAAACCUUAGUGCACAGUUCAUUUAAGCCUAUAAACAAUGCAGACUUCAUUGUUCCAGUUGAAAUAGACGGAACAAUACAUCAGGUCUACGUGUUAAAAAGACCUCAUGUGGAUGAAUUUCUUCAAAAAAUGGGCGAGCUGUUUGAAUGCGUUCUCUUCACGGCCAGUCUUGCAAAGUAUGCUGAUCCCGUGGCUGAUCUGCUAGACCGCUGGGGAGUGUUCAACUCGCGACUAUUCCGAGAAUCCUGCGUUUUUCACAGGGGAAACUACGUCAAAGAUUUAAGCCGUUUAGGAAGAGAACUGAGCAAAGUGAUUAUAAUCGAUAACUCUCCUGCGUCGUAUAUCUUCCAUCCAGAGAAUGCAGUUCCUGUACAGUCUUGGUUCGAUGACAUGACGGAUACAGAGCUGCUCGAUCUCAUUCCUUUCUUCGAGGAACUGAGCAAAGAAGAAAAUGUUUACAACAUGCUUAAUAAGCUAUGUAACAGGUAGCCCUGGCCCAGCUCUCUGUCGUCAAAAAGCUGUGAAUUGUAACAGCUUCAGACUGAGCCCCGUCUCUGACACUUCUCCACCCUGACAUGUUUUGCUCUGAACCAAUACUCUCUGCCAAACACACAAAUCCAUCCCCAGAAGAUCAGUUCUUUGGAAGGGUGCGAGUGAUGCCGUUCAGCCUUUCACGACUCCAUUCAACUCAAUUCUGGAACCAGUCGAGUAAAACAUUUUGUUGUGGAAUGGACAAGCAACUUGCCACUCCUCCGGCAUCUUUGGGGGGGGAGGGGGGCACAGGACAGUGGAAAGAGAAUAUUUUUAAAAUAAACUUUUUGUCUCUAAUUUUUCUUAAAAUUGAUAAGGACUUUCAGGCUUUUAUAACCAGAAUAAAAACAACACACCAAAUGAAACUGAUUCUACAAAGAAGAAUACAGUAAACGGUUGAUGCUAAAACAUCUUUUCCUCGCCCCUCUGUGGUUGGUCCCUACACUAUGCAGACUGUGCGCUCCCCUUUGCUUGGAGCAGUUGACCUGACUCUAGUCCGUUUUCUUUCUUACAGGAUGAAGUGCCUUUUUGAGUGUCAAUUUUAAAACAAAAAAAGAUAAAAAAGUUACAUUUUCUACAGACCCGUAAUCUUUAUCGACACACUUCGAACGGUGAAUCUUUAUAAAAGCACUCUCAUUUAUGCCAACGCAAGGAUAACUAACAGGUGCAGUGCGGGUUGCAUGACACCAAAACUAUAAGACUUUUUAAUGAUUCACAUAUCGAGAUUUUUGCUGUUUUUUUUUGUUAAUGCCGUUUGGACAUCACUUAAUUUAACUGGACUGCCGCCCCACCAUCUAUUGUGUUUUGGUCAGCCCAUUUAACAAACGUUUGUGGUGGCUAAUUAAUUUUCCUUCCUCUGCUUCCGCACAACUCCAUUCCUAGGUUAUGUUUUUGUCUUCAGCCCCCAACUUUUUUUUUUUUGCUUCAAAAGAAUAGGAAGGACCAGAGAAACCUUCAGUGCUAUGAUGUAAAGAAAAUGGUCUUGGAUGAAAAAAGAAUCUAUUUAUUGAUGAGGAGUUUUCCUUUUGAUUGAGAAAAUAAGCUGGAUGCUUUGAAUUAUUUGUACAAGGUUUUAUUUUUUUAACUGCUGCUACUUGUUUAAGUCGCCAAAUGAUGUUGACUACCGGCUGUCAAACUGUUCUUUGCCACUGUGCCUAUGCUUUGAAUACAUUCACAGUUUGCUGCAAACUCAGGCAGUACAUGAAGCAGACAGGUAUCCCCGGCCCGCCAAACUUUCUGCAUAUUUUAUACCCUCCUAUUGCGCUCUCUCCUAUCUUUACCGCAGGUAUGUGUAUUUUCCUCAGGAACAAAUUCCUUCUUCAGUUUUAUUUGUUCUUCAUUUUACAGCAUUUAAAGGAGAAGGAAAGCUACCAAGGCAAGUUUAUUGCCAAUAGAUUAGCCACAACAGUGCAAGCUAGAAUGCCAUUUUUGUUCUUUAGAAUGCUUUUUAAUACCGGAGUAAACAGCUCUAGAAGCUCUCUUUUGUUCAGGACCGCAGCUGUCAUAUUAGCUUGGUGUGAUGUCACUUCCUGAGUCUCUCCCUGCUCACUCAUAGCUCUGCGCUCAGAUUACAGCAGGGAUGGGAGGAGGGAAGGGGAGAGAAGCAAACUGAGCAUGCUCAAGCCCUAGCCCUGCAGGUUUAAACCUGAAAACAGGAAGUCUGAUACAGAAGCCCUUGAGUACACAAUAGAAGGAAAGAAAUGUGAUGUUUCUUUUAACAGAGGAAUCAGAGCAGCAUUACUUUGAGGGUUUACUGGUGUAUUUAUAUAGACCUUUCUGAUAAAGCUUGCUUACCUUUAACUUUCCUUCUCCUUUAAGAAUUCCAGUGGAACCUUUCUGGGGCAUAUAUUCUCUGUAUGUCUGCACAUGCCGAGCACUGGACAGAUAACUCUUUUACAGGGAAAAUAUACCCUAUUUGUAGUUGUAUUUUAACUCUUGUUUAUUUUGCUGUAAGAUUGUAACAUAUAAGGGCGCAGCUUGUGUGCACAGUAUAUACUUUGUCUGCUUUUAUUGCAUUCUUACAUAUGAGCGAGGUUACAUUAUGCUUUUCUUAGCCGUGGCAUUCUCUUUGUAUUAAUGUCUGCGGAGAAUGUCUCUGUAAGGUAAGCAAUAUACAGCAGCUUCUGCUCAUAUGUAUGUAUGUAGGCAGAUAACGGUUUUGUGUGUAUAAACAGAAAGCUACCCGACAUAAACAUUACAAGAUUGGGUUUCUAUGGCCCUAAACAUUCAAAGAGUGUUAUGUUUUAAUUACUAAUGAGAAGCCACCAUUAAAUUUGUAUUCUUACUUUUCUAUCCCUCUGGCGAAUCUUAAGUUGUUUUGUUUUUUUUAUUAAAUCUCUGUUCCUUUUUUCUUUGCCACUGUACUGGUCUCGGUUUGCAGCGUUUCUCGGUGAAAGUCUUGUAAACAGUAUCCUGAUGUUUGUAAUAAAACUCGGUGCGUAUUCAUCGUUUUUAAAAAAAAAAAAAAAAAAAAAAAAAAAUCCUGUUUUAUGUUUUUUUUUGCUUUUUGUUACAAAGUGCGGAUUCUUUUUCUGUUAAGAUAGAUCAUGCACUGGCAAGUUCUAUUCUCCCAAGGAGUGUACAUUUUGCUUGAUACUGUUUUAUGUAUGUAUCAUGUAUACAGUGCCAAACAAUGUAUCCUGCACUUUACAACUGGCAAUAAAAUAAAGGGGAAGUGGCAA